AUGGCUAUUGUUGAGGAAGAGCUUAGAGCUCCUAUAGCUGGCAUAUUUGAUCGGUUUGACUAUGAGCCAAUAGUUGUUGCAAGUCUUGGUAAUCAAUGUUUUGUUUUUCUUGAGAUUGAUUACACCAAGGAAGCUGCUAAUGCUGAGCUAUUUGCAAGCAACUUUAAGAACAUGGAUUAUGUGAAAGUUCCUUCAAUUUACUGGGAUUAUACCACCCCACAAAAUAGGCGGGAUCGCAGGUCUGGACAUCGGAAGUCCUUGCAGCAACACCAUAUUUUAGAGUCUUUAGUUACUUGGAGAGAUGCAGAUAGUCUUGCCAAGUUAGUUGAUAGUGUGUUGAGAAGCUCAAAGCAAGGUAACUCGGGUAGUGGGGGUGUUCAUAUUGAGGAGAAAGAUAAGAAGAUGAGCUCUAAUGUUAAGCACAACCUCCGUAAGGUUGAAGAUGGCCAUUUCACAGCGACUGUAAAAGUGUUGGGGUCAUCCGGUGUGGCCCCCUAUAAUGAACACACAAUGAAGGCUUUGGAGGCUAAGCACUCAUACAGACCACCUCCCUCCAUGUCGACCACCUUAUUCUCAGAGGUUCUCCUAGUGACUGAUACAGAUACUAUCUUCAAGUGUAUUAAAUCCUUUCCCAAGGGGACGUUAUGUGGUAGAGAUGGUUUGCGUGCUCAACAUAUUUUAGAUGUACUAUAUGGAGAAGGUUAUAUUAUGGCGAAAGAUCUUUUAUACCCAAUCACUCUAGUUAACUUAUGGCUAGAAUGA